AUGGGUUUUCGGUUGCAUUUUGAUAUGGAUAUAGAACCUGAGAAUGACUGUGAUUGGAAGCCAAAACAGGGAAUGAUAUUUGAUUCUGAACAAUGUGCGUAUGAUUUUUAUAAUACAUAUGGAGGAAGAAUGGGGUUUAACAUAAGAAGCGAUUAUUGUAGGAAGGACAAGUUCACUAAUCAACUUAUUCAUAGACUUUUGAAUCCUUCAUUCUUCUAUGCUGUUCAAUUAGAUAAUGAGGAGCAAAUUACCAAUAUGUUUUGGGCCGAUGCACAAAUGAUCAUAGAUUAUGCUCAAUUUGGUGAUAUUGUCACAUUUGAUACGACUUACAAGUUAAACCAAGAACAUAGACCCUUCGCAUCUUUUGUGGGAUUUAACCAUCAUAGGGAAACAGUUAUAUUUGGUGCAGCAUUGAUGUAUGAUGAGACCGCCGAACCGUUUGUAUGGUUGUUUGAAAAUUUUCUAGAGGCUACGUCAAGAAAGGCACCAAAAACUUUGUUCACCGAUCAAGAUGCUACAAUGGCUAAAGCCAUACCCAUCGUUAUGCCUGACACAAGUCACCGAUUGUGUACUUGGCAUUUGAUGCAAAAUGCAUUAAAACAUGUUAACUGUUUGUUCCAAGAUAAGGGGGUGAAGGGUGUACUAAAUAAAUUCUUCUUUCACAUUGAAGAUGCAAAUCAAUGGAAGUUAGAGUGGGCGAAAAUGCUUGAUAAAUAUGAUGCGCAUGAAAACCAUUGGUUGAAAUUGACUUUUACGGAUUGCAUUCGUUCUGAUUUUAACUUAAAUAAAUUCUUCAUGCAUUUCGAAAGGGUACUUUACGAUAAGCGAUAUAAGGAGUUAGAAGCAGGAUAUGCUUUGUGCCAAAGGUUACCAAAGGUGAAAGCAAUAAUAAGAUUGUUAAUUCAAAUGGGUAAUGUCUACACAAAAAAUAUCUUUGAGGAAUUCCAAAAUGAGUACUUUCAAUCCAUUGAAUCAGACAUAGAAGCAAUUGAAUAUGGGGAGGCUAGUACCAUUUACACAGUUAUUGAUGUUGGUAACAAAUAUGCAAGGAAAGUGAAGAUGGAGAGGGAUGACUCUUUGGGUUGUAAUUGUACAAAGUUUGAAAGGGAAGGAAUCUUGUGUUGUCACUCAUUGAAGGUUAUUAGAGACAUAUUGAAGAUGAAAGAGGUUCCUCCACAGUACAUUCUAAAGAGGUGGACCAAACAAGCAAGAGCCGAAACUAUGAAGGACAUUACGGGGAAUGACAUUCAAGUAGAUGUGAAAUUUCAACAAGCCUCGCGGUAUAAGACAUUGAUGACCGCAUUUAGAGCACUAGCAGGUAGAGCUACCGAAACCGAAGAAACUUAUGAUUUUUGUAUUGCACAGCUUGCUACAUUAGGUGCAAAUGUUGAAGGUAAGUUAAGUGCUCAUUUUGGUGUUGGAAAUGAAGUAGGUAAUGAUGAUGACAACCAAAGCUUUGAAGUGGAUUGCGAAGACGUGAAUCAUGUUAUGCAACCAAAAGGAUUGAAGAAAAAGGUGGCAACUAGUAAGGGCAAAAGGAGGGUAAAAGGUGGAUUCGAAGCGGCGUUGGUAGCGAACUCCAAAAAAAAAUCCGGUGCUAACAGCUUGGCUUCGUCACAAUCUAUUGCAAGUCCAAUAGUUGUACCUUCUCCAUUAUCUGUUGGAGGAGGUAUCUAUGUUCGUCAACAUGUUCCUCCUCUUCAACCUCUUCCUCCCCUUCAUCCUCUUCCUCCAUCUUUGCCCAUGGGUGGUAAUUCUAUUCCUCCGCCAUUGAUGUAUCCCACAUAUCAUGCGAACAAUUUGCGGGACAUGUAUGUAGUGCCAAAUUAUUUGCCAAAUUCAAUGUCUCACCUGUAUUCUGGUGGAUCAACAUUCCAGUCACUACUUCAAGGUUCAUGUGGAUAUGACAUUGGGUUUCGAUAUUCUCAAGAAUCAACUACUCCAAUGUGUAGUCAGGCUAUGGCCAGGCAGAAACAAAAGCAAACUGAUGCUGAAAUUGGGCUGGACGGUGAAGUCAUAGCCUCUAAAAUUGUGAAGCAAAUUGCUGCUGGAAAGUGA